AUGUUUCUCAACACUGGCCUCUCCCGAAAAGCUCUCAAACCAUAUGUCGCUGAGUUUCUCGGAACAGCUCUCCUGAUCGUCAUCGGCGAUGGCGUCGUCGCUCAGUGUCUCCUUUCCGACUACCAGUACGGCACUUGGCUCUCGAUCAACAUUGCCUGGGCCGCAGCUGUCUGCAUCUCAGGCUACCUUUCCGACCCCGGUCCAACUAUCAACCCAGCUGUGACUAUCUGCAUGGCUCUCGUCCGUCCCACUCCCGGACAAUGGCGUAAACUUCCCGGCAAACUCUUUGCUCAGUUCCUUGGUGGCUUUGUCGGUGCCGCCAUUGUGUAUAUCAACUACCGCUCCGCCAUCAAAGACUGGGACCCUGAGUUCACCAUUCCUGGCGGCUCAAUCCUGAGUCCCCGUGGACACCACUCCGCUGGUAUCUUUUCGACUUAUCCUGCUGCAUUCUUCGAGUCGAAUUGGGAGGCCGCAUUCUCGGAGUUGCUCGGGUCUGCAGUCUUGAUGUUUGGUAUUCUGAGCAUCUCGGAUCCGGUCAAUGCGAUCAGAUUCCAUUCGCCUCAGGUGACAGUGUUCUUCCUGCUUACCGCUAUUGGAGCUGCGCUCGGCUGGCAGACUGGCUAUGCUAUCAACCCCGCGAGAGAUUUCGGUCCUAGACUGUUCUCUGCUUUCAUCUAUGGCAGAGAAGUCUUUACCGCGGCCAACUAUUAUUUCGUUGUGCCUAUUUUCGCUCCUAUUGUCGGUUGUAUCGUCGGUGCUGCCACUUACGACUCCUUCCUCUAUGAGGGAGACGGGUCGCGUAUCACCGACGCUCUGGACAAUGUCGAAGAUCGCGAUGGCGCUCUGCGGUUGCACUAA